AUUAUUUUUAUUUUUUACAGUUUAAGCAUCUGCGUCUCCAUAAAAGCUUGCUAUCGCCUUCUCUAUUUUUCCGAAUCAAUCCAUUUCACGUAACCAAACAAAUCUUCAUCCACCGUUUAUAUCUCCGUUCGCCGUUCCGGAUCUCGCUGCCUCAAGAUUUUCUCGCCAAUUUUCUCCGUUUUGCUUUUUUAGUUUUGGUGUUGUCUUCAAUGGUGAUGGAAGACAACGAGAGUUGCAGUAGCAGAGUUCACGAUUCGUCGUCGCCGGCGCAGUCGCGGCAACAGCGCCAGAAGCUGGAGGUAUACAAUGAGGUUCUGCGUCGGCUCAAGGAUUCCGACAACGAGGAGGCGUUUGAGCCUGGUUUCGACGAGGAACUGUGGGCUCACUUCGUUCGACUCCCCACUCGGUAUGCUCUGGAUGUGAAUGUGGAGAGGGCUGAAGACGUUCUAACGCACAAGAGAUUGCUGCAUUUGGCGCAUGAUCCUACCAAUAGGCCUGCAAUUGAAGUUCGCCUUGUGCAGGUUCAUCCUAUAUCUGAUGGGAUUCAUGGGAACAUAGCUGAUUCUAUUCAUUCAAACUCUCCUACUAUUGGGCCAGCCCAUGGUUCUCCAAAGUACUCUAGCAAACAGAGCAUUCUCCCACCACCUGCCUUUGGAUCAUCGCCUAAUCUUGAGGCCCUUGCAAUUGAAGCAAACAAUUCUCAUGUCCAAGAUGGGGAUGGGGAUGAUUCUGUACAUGCUAGUUCACAGUAUUCUCGGCCCAUGCAUGAAAUCACAUUUUCAUCAGAUGACAAGCCAAAACUCCUGAGUCAGUUGACUUGCUUGCUUUCUGAGCUUGAGCUCAACAUCCAAGAAGCACAUGCCUUUUCCACAGUGGAUGGUUACUCCUUAGAUGUCUUUGUUGUUGAUGGAUGGCCAUAUGAGGAAACAGAGCAGCUGAGAACUGCACUGGAAAAGGAAGUUUUUAAGAUUGAGAAGCAAUCUUGGCCAAAUCAUCAUUCCUUAUCUCCUACAGGCGAGCAAGAAGAAACAGGAAUCAAAUGCGAAUCUGAUUUUGUGACAAUACCUAAUGAUGGGACUGAUGUCUGGGAAAUCGAUGUUAGGCAGUUGAAAUUUGAGAACAAAGUUGCAUCGGGUUCAUAUGGUGAUCUGUACAAAGGUACAUACUGUAGUCAGGAAGUGGCAAUUAAAGUCCUCAAGCCUGAGCGUUUAAAUUCAGACAUGCAGAAAGAGUUUGCACAGGAAGUCUUUAUUAUGAGGAAAGUUAGGCACAAGAAUGUGGUACAGUUCAUUGGUGCAUGUACAAGGCCUCCAAGCUUAUACAUUGUGACAGAAUUUAUGUCUGGUGGAAGUGUGUAUGACUAUCUACACAAGCAAAAGGGUGUUUUUAAGCUUCCUGCAUUGCUCAAAGUAUCAAUUGAUGUUUCCAAGGGAAUGAACUACUUGCACCAAAAUAAUAUAAUCCACAGGGAUUUGAAAGCUGCCAAUCUUCUGAUGGAUGAGAAUGAAGUUGUUAAGGUAGCAGAUUUUGGAGUUGCCAGAGUGAAAGCUCAAUCUGGAGUUAUGACUGCAGAAACUGGGACAUAUCGAUGGAUGGCUCCAGAGGUCAUAGAACACAAGCCAUAUGAUCACAAAGCUGAUGUUUUUAGUUUUGGAAUUGUGUUAUGGGAGUUGCUAACUGGAAAGCUUCCAUAUGAGUACUUGACCCCAUUACAAGCAGCCGUUGGAGUCGUCCAAAAGGGUCUCCGGCCAACCAUGCCAAAGAACACUCAUCCAAAGCUUGCAGAGUUGCUCGAGAGGUGCUGGCAACAAGAUCCAACAUUAAGACCCGACUUCUCUGAAAUUAUAGAGAUUCUUCAGCAAAUAGCCAAAGAGGUAAUGCUCAUUUUGCAAUAUGCAAACCCAAUUUUCUUGUGUCUCAUCCAAAUAAUUAGCAAAUUAUUUUGGAACAAAAUAAUGAAUAUUUUCAUUAGCUCAACCAUUUUCCCCCUAGUAUGCUUGCCUUUAUCCACAAAACAUUGCUGAUAUUUUGUUUAUGGUUGGUUUAGCUUUUAAGAACCUGUCAAAUUCUCAUCAUCUUAAGUUGCAUCUUCUUUUUGGUCAUGUAUCAUGAUGGAAGAUGUUGGGUUUUGUAAUCAGGCUAACUGAACAGUGUAUAGAUGCACCCAUGAAUUUGCAAAUAGUUGUAUGUCACAUUCCAUGUCUGCCGUAGAUUUAGUUAGGUUAACUUCCAAUUUUUCUUUUGUGAAGGCUAUGUUUGUUCCCAAAAAAUUUAAGGGAAAUGUGAGAGAAACAAAAUAGAAAGGAAAAGUAGAAAGUAGUAAAGAAAAAUUAAAAAUAAAUUUAAAAUCAAUAAAUUAAUUUUAUAUGCUGCUUUAAACUUAUCUCAAUCUUUUUAAAUUUUCUAUAAUUUAUUAAUUUCAAUUAUAUUUGAUUUUGUUUUUAUAUUUUCUGUAAUAAAACCAAUUACAAGAAAAUAAUUUUCUGUAGUAUUUUUUUUUCAUUUCUUUUUAUUUUGCUAAAACCAAAAAUAAUGGAAUUGGCAUGCCAACUUUCCUUUUCGGCACUCUGCUUACAUUAAAAUUUGACCUGUAUUUGAACAGGUUGGAGAUGAAGAAGACCGGCGCAAGGAGAAAUCUUCUAGUGGAUUCCUAUCAGUUCUCAGACGUGGCCAUCACUGACUAAAAGAAAAUCAUGAUUAUUCUCAUAAUGUGAAGAUAGGCUCUCACUCCAUAGCCGAUUUCCCAUCUUCUUUCAUCAACACUGUAUAGAAUGAUAUACCAUGUUUGAUUUUUUCUCUCUUUUUAGAUUUAUUUUUCUUGCUAAUUUUUUUAACCAACCAUUCUCCUUCAGCGAUACCCCAGUCCAUAGUAUAUCAGUUAGAAGCGAUCCUGUGGCAUUGUAAGUUCGAAAAACUCUUGCAGCCUUACAAUAACAAAUCAGGAAUGUUAAGUUCCUUAUCAUA